CUUGUCACUUUGUAUUUUAUUUUAUUGUCUUUUAUUUUGCUUUACUGUCUGGAAAGGAGACUGUUGAUUAGAAAAUCAGUGUUUGCUUUCUUUUCCUUCUUUUCUCCUCCUUCUGAAGUAUACACCUCAUUAUUACAGUACAACUACCUGAAGUAGAAGUUUCAUUAUUCAGGUGUGUGGCAGUGACAGUUUACUAACGCAAUUAUUUAAUGUUUCCUACAUAUCUCGCUUGUUUUGGAAUAUUUACCAAGAAAACACACAGCAAAGAACAAAUCUUAUUCAUCAAAUACAUUUUUCCCUUAAGGAAAAAAAAAAGUACCUAAUAAUGAUUAUAACAUUACAAACUCUUUACAGUUGGCAUAAACAAGUUUAAGCAACAUCAACAAGUGUCCUGCUUAAGUUUAAUCAGCCAGAAAUAUUUUUUCUUUCCAUUUUAUAUAAAUGUGAGGACAGCUUUCCUUCGUAUUCUUAUUGUCAUUUGUCAGAAACCUCGGCCACACAGUUCGUCCUAACUUACUUGUUUCAGUCCAGUUGCUUGGCCUUAUGACGAUAUAUAUUUCUCAAGAGAGAAAGGAAAAGGAAGACAGAAAGAUUAAAACAACAAAGCGCACCUGAGACCAGCUCGACAAAUGAAUCAUAAAAGAAAGAGGCAGGGCGAAUGUUGGAACAAUAAGUCUCACGCUGGUGACAUUUAACCAUGUUUCACAACAGUAACCCUCUAAAACCUGCAAAGGUAAAAAACCUGCUUCAUUUUUGUGACAAAACGAAAAAAAUGUCGUGAUCAAAUAUUAAGAAUUUUUUAUGUUGAAAACUCCAGAAUGAAUUUGUGGAUUAUCACCUAAACUAAAUAUUAUAACUUCGUGUCGUCAAAUGUCAUCACCUUAGUUGUCUGUUUAUGUUUUAUUUUGCUUUCUUUGGAUACAAAAUUUUAAGGAUUUUGUCUUAAACAAUUUUAUUUUUCCUUUCUUUCAACCGUUAAAUCUUUUUUCAUUUAUUUUGUACUUUUAUGGAACUUCAAUAUUUUCUUAAUUUAUUGUACAUUUAUGAGUACCAAUUGUGGACUAGUUAAUACUUCUCCCUGUACCAAACAAGAACAUACAAAAUAAAGCCGGAUGAAGCUUAAGUUUAAUUUAAAACAAGCUUAAUAAACACUUUCUUAUAAAACUCGAAAGAGUAAAAAAAAAGUUUAAGAAGAUGGCUGUCAGAGCAACAGAUUGUUUGUUGUCAAGUCCUGCGAUAUCUUCUAAGUGUAACAGCCCUCUCUCUAAACCGUCUCAGUUACCAUCAGCGUCACCAAAACCGAAUUCUAGUCGACUAACGCGACAUCAUGGUUCCAACAAACCGAUGUCAAUGAAGGAACACCUAGCCAAACAGAAACUACCUUUCUGGGUGAGACUUGUUACUGGAAACUCCCGACGUUCAUCGGAAUCAUUGCUUAUGCCAGCUAUUCGAUCUAACUCUUCUGAUACUGUCAGUACUCCUAUACAAAUCUUGGAGAUUCGUCGAAGAAGAUUUGUAACUACUAGUAAGAUGCAAUGGGAAAGGAGAGUCCAGGAUUACGUAGUGACCGGUUCAGACCUUCCUAUUCCGCUUCAUUUCUCAGGUUGGUUCGAAGUGAUUCCAGACGAUGGACGACCUGUAGAAUAUUUUGACUCAAUACAAGGAAUCACUGCCAUCAAACCCAAGAAAUUUCUGGUGCGUACAUCUACAGUUGGAUACGAGUUAGGAGAAGAAAACGGCUCUGUAUCCUGGGUACCAAGAGAGAUUUUUCCAGGUGAAGUACUAAGUACCGGAAUGGUUUAUAUGGAUCAUCGCAAGACUUGUCUUUCUACUAACAUGAAAAACUUAUUUAAAAGAUUCCUAAAGUACCGUACCAUUAAUACAAAGAAAGAUCAAGACUUGAAAUAUCUUCAGUGCUUUGAUGGACAAGGUCAUGAGGUUAUGAUCCCUUUGAUUAUGACAGGUGUAUUUAGCCCUGUCGGAGACCCAAAUAAGAAGAAUUAUGAUGCUGUCUAUGAACUAAAAGAUUUAACAAAAGCUUUUGAUCUUCCUGUGAAAGCUCAGUUAGUACAUGCAGAAUCCAAUCAGAAACAUUAUGUACCACAUGGGGUGUUAAAAUUAAAAACUCUUGAUGAAGAUGAUUGUGUUGUCGCAUCAAAACGCCUUGAUCAAAAGGAUACAUUUGAACUUCCUCUAGAUGAAGAUUUGCGUUAUAUCAGAGAUAUAGCCCCAAAAUCUCCACUUGUAAGAAAACUUUCUACUCGCAGCCUGGUUCUUCCAAAUUAUGCACCUAAAACUCUUAAUAGAACACCAUUUUUCUCCAGUAAAACCGACCAAAAACCAAAAGUUGAUUUACCACUUCGUGUUCCUACAAAAGACACCAAGAAACCAAAAGCAGCAGGUUUCAUUGAAAGAUUUGGUGCUCGUAAGACGAAAAAGGAAAGAGCAGCAUUUAAAGCUCUCCAAGAAGAAGGUGUAUUUUCAUCUCGAUUAUGUAAAGCUGAGAUGCCUUUUGAUGCAUUCUACUCUACUUAUACAGAAGAGGCUAAUAAAUGUGCCAAGAAGAAUAAUUGUCAAGAGUCUGAGAACAAGUCUGAACCUGAGAAUAAUGUUGCUGAUGGAUCAAUAUCAUCACAGUCUUCAACAUCUACUAUUACACCAACGGGUCCCCCUUUAUGUUCACCAGAAUCUUCUCUGAUCGAUCCAUUUGAGAGUCAAUAUGCCAAAAUCUGCAAGAAGCCAUCAAUGAUGAAACGUGACUUGCCUCCUGUGCCUUUAGAUAAAGAUGACAGUGAAACUGGAACUAUAGUAGAUGAAGAUGGCAAAUUGUCCAUGUCUUCAACUGACACUUUGUACGAGCAUCUACCAGAAGCACCAAACCCACCACCAAAGUCCCCCUCCCUCACAAAACCAAAACUUGAUUUUAAUUCUAAAGAAAAUGUGAUGAGUUUAGUAGAAAAUGAAGAAGAUGGCUAUAUGGUACCUUCCCAUUUGCAAAGAAAGAAAACACAGAAACAUAACUUGACAAAUCCAAUUGUGGUAUCACAAUCUCGAGAUGUGUUUCAGCCAAACUUUAUCCCUAAAUUUUACAAAGAUACAACAUAUGCUAACUGUGGAAGACCUAGAAAUGGAUACAAACCUGCUUUUCAACAUAGUGCCAGUCUUGAUAGAAAGUUAUUGAAUGAAACAUCAGUAUCAACUUCCAAUCUGAACCGAAUCUCCCACAAGCCUCCUCCAACUACUCCAUGCUCUCGCAGGAAUUCUGCUGCAGCAGAACAUAGUUCUUCACGGAGUCGUUUCCAAAGACAAAACAAUGUCCAGAAAAUCUGUCAGUGUCAUCAGAAUCCGAACCUGAUGAACUGCCCACACUAUUCUGCAGAACUUCAGCGCGGCUCUCACACAAUGGAUCCCAAUUUAACUUUACGGCACCACAAUAUGAGACGGCUGAAGAGUGCGAUAGAAAUGUUUCAUUUUACUGAUUCCUUCCAAGAAAUGAGACCCGCAUCAUUUGGUUCCAGCUGUUCCCCGACUGAAGAAUGUUAUCCACAUGACCAUUAUGAUGUCAAAGGAUAUCAACAACCAUAUGACUAUUUUGAAGUUGGUAACAACCAGCCAAACCACAAUCCAUACUCCGAGAGUGAUCCAGGCAAUCGUUAUUUUGUCCGAUCUGUGUCUGUAACAGGACUUAGUGACAACUGUGCCAAACAUGGUGACGACUCAGCUAUAUCUCUCUGUUCAAAAGGUGACUAUGGUUAUCAGGCAGGGAGUGAUUUCAGCUAUACAGACUACACAGAUGUUUUUAAUGACGAUGGAUGGCUUCCACCUGACAAUAUUAGUAGCCUUUCUGUGCAAGACGUUUCUCGUUCUCUGCGUUACAUUGGCAUGAAGGACAGAGUGGUGAAAAGAUUUGCAAACGAACAGAUUGAUGGACAAAUGUUAGCUUCUCUGGAUUGGAAAUUACUGCAAGAUGGGUUCCCAGAACUAAAUACUUUGGAAGUCAAAAAGAUCAUUGAUUUUGUUAAUGGUUGGCGACCAAAGAAAUCAGUAUCAUAAUCUUGCAAAACUUUAAAACAAAUAAAUAUACACACACACACACAUACAUACAUGCAUAUACACUCACACACACACACACACACACACACAUCUUUGGUUGUUGUUUUUUGUUUUUUGUUCUCUGCUUUAAGUCAAAAGGUAAAUUCUGAAAGAGAUCAAACAAAAGUGAUUAGACUUUAUAUACAUAUAUAUAUAUAUAUUAUAUAUAUAUAUGUGCAUAUGUAUGUAUGUGUGUGUGUACAACAUGCACAUGAAGUGAGAGAUUUCCCAGCAGCUGCUAACUGCAAUACUUUUCAAUUGUAUAUGAAUUAAUUUCAAAUUUGCUUUUACUAUUUUUAUUAAUUUAUUUUUUAAGUUUAAAUUCUUUUUUUUUAUUUAAUUUUUCCCCGCUCUAUUUUCCAUUGCAAAUUUUAAACUUGCUCUUAAUUUACAUUUUAUUACUUUUCUUCCCAACAUUAUUUAUUACAAUUUUCAUCAUAAUUUAAUUUUUUUUUCUCCCUCUUUGUAUGCCGGUAUGAUUUUG